GACGUCAGUUACUUUGGGUCCUUGUGGUUAGUUAUUUAAUAACAAACGAAGGUUGCGAGAGUCAUGGGUUUUUGUUUUAGUUUAGUCUGACUCUAUUUCUGAUCUCACAGUGGAAACAAUGCGUUUGUACAUCGCAGCUGUUCUUUUGUGGGCUGUAAUAGCUUCAGAGGGAAAAGCAGUCCCUUCUCUUCCACAUUUUGGCAGCAGCUAUCAUGUCAAAGGGGUGAUCUCUCUGCCCUAUGCUGAGAUCAAGGAGCCUUUUCAGGCCUGGUUUGAUCUAGCGGCAAAGUCCAGCCGAAUAGACUACUACCAUGGCCAGGUGUCGACCUACCAGCUGGGUGCAGAGCCGCAGUGGGGCGUUGCUUAUAAAAUCUCUCCAGAGACCACAGAGACGGAGCAGAACGUGAUGAAGUGUUUCCAGACCAACGGAACGGCCGAUGAAGCCGUCACCACGCAGGCGUCUCUGCCCGAUGUGCAGGGCUUCCAGUUCCUGAGGAUGGAGUACUUUGGAGGGUCCCUGUGUGAAGUGUGGCAGAAUGUGACCACUGUGGGUCACAAGAAGAACACCUACACACUGUGGGUGACACACUCAGAGCGGGGGGCAAACAGCAAGGGGGAUCCAGCCACUCCGCUGCAUUACGAGAUGAUGGGAUACAACACGCUGCUGGGCUCACAUUACGACAAAUACCUGGUGGACUACAAAGAGUUCAGCCCUCAUGUGGACCCCAAAGCCUUCUCCCUGCCUGAAGGGAUGAGCUGUGGGGGAUUUCCUGGUCCAGGCGUGGAGCACCACAUGUUGGCCAAUCCAAUGAAAGAUCUCAUCCACACCUCAGCUUCCGGCCAAUCAGAGCACAUGUUCAACCAUUUCAAGGACAAGUUUCAGCGUCAGUACAGCGAUGAGAGAGAGCAUGAGAAAAGACAGCACGCUUUUAUUCAUAACCUCAGGUAUGUCCACUCAACAAACCGCGCAGGGCUUCCCUUCUCUCUGGCUCUGAACUCUCUGUCGGAUCGCACCAUGUCGGAGCUGGCCACCAUGAGGGGGAGGAAACGAGGAAAGACCCCGAACAGAGGGCUCCCCUUCCCCUCAAAGCUUUACCAAGGGGUGAACUUACCUGAGUCACUUGACUGGAGGCUUUACGGUGCUGUGACCCCGGUGAAGGACCAGGCCAUCUGCGGAUCCUGCUGGAGCUUUGCCACCACUGGAACAGUAGAGGGCGCUCUCUUCCUGAAGCGCAGCGCAAGAACUGACUGAUAGUGGCUCUUAAACAG